AAAUGCACGAAACAUCAAAAAAGGACUCGGUACAUCCUGAAGACAGUGCGUUGCCUUCAGCACUUCAUAGGAGUGAGUCUGCACUCUCAGCAGAGACUCCUACACCUGUGGACGUGCAUCUGGAACAUGUCUCUCAAGUGCACAAUGGCAGUGGACCCCCUGAAUCCAGCGAGGCAAAAGACAGCGCUCUCGGUUCAUCCGGAAAUGUACCUGUUCUUUGUAACUCUGCAGAAAAACCGAAUGCCAACCACCUCCCUGAUGUUUUGAAAGUGCUGUCAGAGUGUCACUCAGUAGCAUCAGCUUUGCAGAUUGGGCUCCUCAGUCCUGUUGUUAGGAGAGCCUCUCUAUUUGCUUUAAAGGCUCAUAAGGGUCCUCUAGUGGACCAGUUUUUGGCUGACGAUUCUGCUCUGGAGGAUGAAAAGAGCUUGGUGGCUCCUGUUAACAUCGACCCCACCGGGUUAUGGGCAGAAAACUUGGAGAGUCCCAUGCCACAUCCUCUUUUUAACUCGACAGUGUUAGGUUGCAGGGCCCAGACAGGCCCAGUUGAGGAUGUAGGCGUCGGGCCUUGUGCAGAGCCACAGCCUGAAGUGGAGAAGCCGGUUCUGGAUAUCCCUUUGAUUCCAGAUGGUCCCCUACAGCAGCAGCUUCGGCAGAUGGCAGAGUUCCUCUUCUUGGCCUCAGGAAAGAUGGGUCCCACUGCAGCCUCUGCUCCUGUUUUCCCUACUGCUGCAAACACGGUCCCAUCAACAAGAACUGCUCCUGCAGAAUCCCACAGUGUCUGUGUGGGCACAUCUCCUAUCAAAAGGGUAGAACACAGCGUUAAUACAUCUGGCCAGUUUGAGAGAAAGAGGGAGUUCUCUGUAGCUGACUCCUGCACUCUGACUGACCCUCUCCUGUGGAAUGUGCCUCCAGGCAGCCUGGAGGGUCUACCCAGACAAGAGCUGGAGCAGAGGUUAAGGUCUAGCAUGAUCAUGGUGGAGGCUCUGGUGCAACAGUUGGCUACAGCCAGGAUACACGGACGUCCUUCUGUAGGCCCUGCGCCUUCAGAUCUCAGAGAGAAACUAGUGCAGACAGACCACACUGAGCUCAGUCAGACCACAUUGCACAGAGACUUAUAUCUGGAGGCUCUGAGCAGGAUUAGUGAGUUGGAGCUGGACGGCAGUUCCCUACAGAACCUCAUCCAGUGUAUGCAGGACAUGAGGGCCAACAUGACGACUUUAAGUUGUGACACAGAUGCUGCUCUCUUGAACAUGAGGAAAAUAGGAGACGUCGUCAGAGAGGACCAUCAAAGCCUUGUUUCACAUUACGGUCAGAUGAAAUCUUUAUUUGAGAAAACGAAGGAGACGCAGACGGUGAUGAUGCAGAAAGUCAAAGAUGCUCUUCACCAAAGAGAUGACAUGAGGGCAGGGAUGGAGGAGGCCUUCACAGCCAAGGAGGCGGCCUUCAGUGUGUGUGAACAGCUGAGGACGCACUCUGCCACAGAAAUCUCAGAGCUGGAGAGGAUUGUAGGUUCUCAGCAAGAACUAUUAGCUGCCUUAAACCAGACGUACCCAGAACAGGUUGCCUUAAACCAGGCCUACAAUGAAGCGCUGAAUUCUGCUUCUGAUGUUUUGUCCACAACCAUCGAGGAACAAUCCAGUUUGAUGAAAGAACUCUGCAGAGUCAGAGGUCUUCUGCAGGGCACUGCUCCCAUCCUUCUGGGGCUGAAUGAGAAAGCAGCUGCUGCUUUGAGAGAGCGGGACGAGCACAUCUCUGCAAGAAACCAAGCUGUGGAGGAGAGAGAGCAGAUCGAAGAAGAAUGGAACCAAACUAAUUUGAAUCUCCAAACUGCCAGAGAACAGAUUGGUGAUUUAAAUCUGCAGGUGACAAUCCUGACAUCAGAGAUGGGUGUGCUGCGUCAGAAGCUAACGGAAAGAGAUGAGGAGAGGGGUCAGCUGGAGAGGAAGGUGACGGAGCUGUCUGCCACUGUCUCCUCCACUUUGGCCUCCUACACCUUCCUGGAGCAGGCCCUCGGUGCUGAGACUACAAAGUUGCAGCAGUCCUGGAAGGACAUCCAGCAAGCCAAUGACAGAGGAAAUGAGUUGGAGGCAUCACUGGGUCAGUCGGAGCAGCAAGUCUCUGAGUUAAGUCAGGCUCUGGCUCAAAGCGAGGAGCAGCUCAGUCAGCUGCAGGUCCUCACACAAUCCCAGAACAGCGAGAUCCAGCAGCUCCAGGAUCUUUGCACACAACUCAGCGGUGUCCGGGAGAUGAACGAGUUCCUACAGAUGGAGAACGAGUUGGCGAGGGAGCAGAUGUCUGAAAGCGAGUGUAUGCUGAGGGCUAACCUGCAGGGACUCCGGGAGAGGAACAUCCAGUGUGAAGACCUAAAAGGAGAACUUGGUCAACUUCAACUUGAGAACAGAAGUUUGCAGGAGCAGCUGGAAACCACAAGGUCAAAAGCCAGUGAAACCCAGCUGGAGCUCGAAGAGAAACUGGCACAGGCAGUCACUGAAAUUACUUUGCUGCAUCACACACUGAGAGGACUUACCAACGAGCUACAUGCAGCUCUCAAGGACCAGAAACCAGAACCACCGAAGGACAAACAGUCUCAGUCAAUCCACAGUGUGGAGCGUCGUCACCCCUCCAGCUCCUUUGUGGACAGCAUCAUGGUUGCGUUGACCUCUGAGAAAGAAGAAGACGUCAACACAGAGUCACCUCCUGGACCAGACACGACUGAGCCACAGUGUGAAACUUUGUUCAGUGAGACGAGCGCCUUCACCCGCAUUGCAGCCGUCACCCCUAAAAAGAGUUUGAGCACAGUAGAGUUUGAGCCCGAGGAGGACGAGCAGAGCAGUGUGGCCGAGCUGUUCGCUGACCUGGGCAGCACCGUCACAGAGCUCGUCAGCACCCUGACGAUGGUGCGACAGCGUAAAGACGCUCAGCUGGAGGAGCUGCACAACACCAUCUGUGGCCUGCAGGUGGAGCAGCAGGCUGCAAACAACAGACACCAGGCGGAGGUGUUUGAACUGAACCGUCAGCUCAGCUCUCUGAACAGCCUGGUUGAGCGGGGAACUCAGGCACUGCAGCAGAAAAGUCAGGAUGAGAAAACUUUGUCAAAGCUGAUGUCAGAAAUACAAGAGACCCAGGAAAUUCUAAAUAAACACAAGACUGACAGUAACGAAUUGCGGAAGGAGGUGGUUGAGCUCCGUCGCUCUCUCCAGCAGUCGAAGGUGGAGUCUCAAUUCCUGCGGGAAGAGUUGAGAAAAGCUCGUGGGCACUCGGCUCCUCCAGCACAUUUCAUGGAAGAGAAGAUCCAGUUAUUGAAGGAGGUGGAGAGACUGAAGUCGAGUCUUCAGGAGGUGGAGCAGGCCAGAGUUAAACUCCUUGAAAGAGCCAAAAGACACCAAAUUAUCCACCAGACCAACCAGCAGAAAAGUGAGAAUGAACUUCAGAUGUUGAACAAAAUGAUCAAUAAAGUCAGAGAGACUUUGCUGUCUUUGCCGGAAGUCGUGAAGAGGAGUGAACAACUCCAACAGCUUGUUGAAUACAUCGGCUGACAUGUUUUAUUAUUGUCACAUGUUUUUUUUUUGUAUUUAUGUCUGUGUCGUGUUGUAGCUUGUCCCAGCUGUAAGUGUUUUAUUAUAUUUUUUGUGAUUGAAAUAAAACAAAUUGUUUUGUUCCUGUUA